UCGUAGUGCUUUCUUGGAAGUUUACAUAGAUUUGACUUAGGUUUUCUUUUUUUUCUAUAUAGUAUAGGGCUGCCUGCUGAAUUUGUGCGUGGAUCUAAGGAUUAGUAAUGGCGUCUACCACAAGCCAGCAAGUUGAUCGUGAGGGUACUCUGUACAACAGCCGCCAUGAGCACAAUAUCUGUUCAUAUGAAGGCCUUCAGCCAUUUACAUGCAGUGGGUGCAAAGAAUACGGAGCAAACUUUGGAUUCAAAUGUCAAUUAUGCCCCGACUUCGUAAUGCACAAGGCCUGUGCUGUGAUUCCUGAUGAGUAUGUUCAUCCCUUUUACAGCAAUUCCCCUCUUCAAUUUCGCCCCAAAACGCGUCUCCCAUGUCACCAUUGCAACGGCUGUAGGGAGGUGCUCAGAGGGUUUGUGUUCGAAUCCCCUUCUCAUGAUUUGAGGCUUCAUCCGCUGUGUAUGGCGCUUCCUAAAGUUCUCAGCUAUGGCGGCCAUAAAGAUCAUUGCUUGAAGCUUGUUGUUGACCAGAAGGAAAAGUUCAACUGUGCACAGUGCAGUAAGAGCAAUUCGUGCUGGAGGUUUCAGUGCGAGGAAACGGCAUGCAGGUUGUGGGUGGAUCUGAAUUGUGCGAAAGUGGAUUUUCAUGGGCUUUCAGAUGUUGGUAUCUCGAGCAUUGCACGCCGCAGUCGAAGCAGGCGUGUUCUUGAAAUGCUCGGUAGACCAAGCAAAUUUGUUCUUGGGAAAGUUAUUGAGGGCGCCGUUUCCGGUCUUGUAGGAGCAGCAAUUGGGUUAUGGUUAGGUUGAAGCUAUUCUAGUUCUAAAAUAUAUCUUUCGUAUAGCGUGUUAGUGACAGGUUAGUCAAUUGUAAUCGUUAAUUGCACAAGAUCGACGGUGAAAACGUGCGACUAACACGCGCGUUAGUCACUCCGUACUGCCUUUUUGGAAUCAGAAUAGACGCGUCUUUAUGACUAUGAGAUCCACAGAAUGUGACCUCAUAAUGUACUGUUUCCUAGUGUAUUUAUAAAUUUAAGUUUAUAGAUAUGUUUCUGGGUUUA